AUGUUCACUCCAAGCACCGCCGGUCGUCACUUGUCAGCUGCAUUAGGGUUGCCCACUCCGUCCGCCAUUAAUGGCCAAAGCGCACGAUUUCCUUUUAUUCAACAAGAAAAGGAACCUGACCACAAUGCUGCUUCAACCAUGCUCCCACCCCCCUAUUUAGGCAGAACGUCGAUUACUCCUAAGCGCGAAACUCAAUUACUGCGCACUGAAACCAGAAGCGUGCAACCGAAAAAUGAAUUUGCUCCUCUGCCUAAUCCUCGAGAGAUUUUGGCCCCAGCCGGCGGCUCGGCCGUAUCUCACUCAACGGAAAAUGCUGAGGUAACGCUGCAGGCGAGCGUAGUCAGUUCCGAGGGACAACUUCAUUCAGAUGGCCAACUGCAGGAGUCUAGCCAGCGGGUAGUACCCCGCCUCCGUCCAAACCUUACGGUUGCCAUUCCAAAUCCCAAUAGAGAGGAUUUCGCCUCUGGCACACCGUCUGGACUACAUUCAAUGUCCAGUCCUUCAAGUGGGAAUGAAUCCUUUCGUGGCUUGAUGAGCGCCCGCCUACCUGGAAUGACCCCAACUGGUUUAGGAGCCUGGGCUCCGUGGAAUCAACUAACUCCAAGCGAACGAGACUCAAUCCCAGUGCCACUUACGCCCUUUUUGAACUACAAUCUUGAUGGUUCGGGAGAUAGUGCGCAACUAGGAUUUGGAAGCGGGCACCAUUUUAGCCUUCCAAGCCCAACAAAUGCCGGAUUAUUGCCCCUCACUCCAAGGGUGAUAGGGUAUGACCCUCUGGCCACUUCUCGUGCUGAGGGCCAAUCCCUCCUGCCAUCGAAGCGAAGCAUCGAUCAUCUUUUUGACCAGACUGACAAUCAAUUCCCAAAGCGACAGCGCUAA